UUUAAUAAUUUAUGCGCAAAGGCUUAGAAUAAUCGUUUCAUAGUUGUUAAUCGACAACUAAAUUUUCCGUAAAGAAUCUAAUUGUAUUUUUUUGCUCUUUCAAAACGUGCGCCUUUGUAUAUUCAUGACGAGAGCACGUUUCGCAGCAAAAGAUGCGAUGCUACCAAUAAAAAAGCUGGAGCAUUGCAGCCUCUUUCUCAAAAUUUUGUUUUCUUUUUCAAUAACAUUACAUUUUUCAAUAUUUGUCCUGUCCUUUCAGUCGUAUGGCUGAAUUUGGAAUCUUCAUAUUGCGAGUAAAGAAAUCAUUGACCCCAUUCAUUUGGCAAUAUUUGUUAUUUGAGAAACUUUCUUAUUCAACAUAAAAGACCAUUCAUUCAUUGAAAGCUUAAACAAAACUGAGAAGAAAUCCUGCACAAUGGGGGGAACAGCAUGCUUUUAUACUGCAAGCUCACCACGCCUUGAAUGCAUAUAGUGCGCAUACAUAUGAAAAUAAAUCCAUAAAUAAAAAAAGAAAGAAUUAAAAAGCAAUCUGCGAAUUUUAUAUAGAGGAUUCGAAUAUGACAGAUUUAACCACCAUUUGUUUACAGUGAAAAACGCGUUGACGCGUUUUCAGUAAGUACCAAUUUGGGUAAGCGCGGUAAAUCUUUAAAUGCCCAAGGAUUGAAAAGAAUUAUAUACGAAUUCAAUAGAAAUAUACAAAAGACUAAACGGAUCGUUGGUCUGAACAGCAAAUGUAAUUUCCUGUGUAAGGUAUACUUUCAAAGUUGGAACACGUUUUUUCUACAAUUUCUUUUUCCAACGAAUGAAUGAAGCAUGGAGUGUAUGAUUUAUAUCUAAAUUCAUUAAAAAUUGCUCUACUGGCUCUAACAUUCCAUACCAUCCAUCAUUGCAGGUUUGGAGCGACAAGACAAAACCCAAGUACUCUCCUCUCAAGCAACUUUACUUGUCUUUCUCUUUUUUGCAAUAUGGAAUUUCAAGCACUUGCUUCUAAAAGAAUCCCAUCAAAUUUCUUUUUGCGCCUUUUCGUCUUCGUCUUCGUCUUUUCUUUUUUUUCUUUUGUAACCACUUAUCCAUUUCAUUUCCCUUUCCCAUUGUUCUGUUUCACUAAUUAUCGGUGAUAAUCUCUUAUAAGCCUCUUGAGGCUUUCUACAUUCAUUGGAACUAUGCGACGUUGCUCUUUUCUAACAAGCCUUUAUUUACCUCUCGGCAUUGAACACGACUAUCCUGAGAAAAUUGAAUUCUGAGCCUCACUCUCUCUAGGGAACGGCCAUUGCUAUUCUUUCGAACACCCUUCUCUUGACGAGGAAUGUUAUUGUUUCAUUGAUUGUCAUGGUUAUACCCUGCGAACUUUUUUUUUUCUUUUUUUAUUUUUUUUUUUGCGACUGCACCCCCUUAGCUACUUAGGAUGGUAAUAAUCUUUAAAACAAAAUUUCGCGAAUCGCUAAUAUCAGCCAUACACAUGCCUGCGCAUCAACAGUCAACAUGCGCAAAAGAAAUUUUGUCACUAUUUGUGUUGUAUUAUGACUGGCAACUUUCCUAAUGUUGAUACUUUCAUGACAUAUUUUUAGGACUCACCCUUACCCUCUCAUAAAUGGUAGUUGUGGGGACUUGCGUUC